AUGGCGAGGGAAGAGAUAGAUCUGAAUGAAACGGCCAGAAAGCAAGGCCUCAUGACUGAUGAAGAAUUUGAGGCUCUUUUGGAUGAGGUAAACCGGAUGGAAGAUGGCACUGCCAUGAUGGCUGAGGGUCUGGACCUCGCAUCAAGGGCAGUAGGAGAGGGUGAAGAAGUCGGUGCAGGGAACGACUCAGAAGGCCUAUCCAACCAGCCAGUAGACGAGGCGGAAAAAGGUCAGACCAGAGAAGAUGAGCCAGAGUCAGUGACUCCCCAGCCAGAAGUAGGGGAGAGUGAUGCGCACAUUGAGAAGGAGGAGACAGAAGCAAGAACAGAGGUACCAGGACCAGUGGCACCUAAAGUGUCAAAACCGAAACCAGUUAAAAGGAAAUUGGUGUUUAACAGCGAUCCAAGGGUAGAACGGCUGAAGCCGAAGAGGGUAUCGCAAAGAUGCCAAGGGAAAUGGGCAUCUAGCAAGGCGAAGGCAAACACAACAACUGAUCCAGUGGAGGUUUUAAGUGAAGAGGAUAGGACUACUCCUACAAAACCUGGGGAGGAGUCCUUACCAGCUACUAACCUGGAGGAUGCUCCAAAGGAAACCGAAGUGGUCUCACCAACGCCGAGUGACCAAGGAGAGAAGACUGUUGAGAUGGCUGAGGGUUUGGACCUCGCAUCUGAGUCAGUAGGUCACGACGAGCCAAGAGAUUACAGUACCCAUAUCCGUGCGGAGACCCUUCCUACUGCCCAGGACAAGCCUUCAACACAGGCAGAGAAGAAAUCGGAAGAAGAGGAAGACAGAGAUGAGGACAUAUACCAAGAAGAGAGAAAAAGGAAGGGGAAAGCCCCUGUUAAAAAAAAGCCAAGCAGGAAGAAGCAACGCACGAUCAACACCGGUGUCGUCAUCACGGACCCAGACCAGAGAGCCCCACCGUGCCGAAGUGAGCCGAGCGACAACGAAUAUACGGCCAGUGAAGAGUCGGGAUCCGACAGCGACUUCUCCCUAGAGGAUGAAGAGUAUGGGGAACAGUAG